AGUUGGUGAACGUAUACCGUGAUGGAACGACCGUUUUCGCUGUCGCUAUUUACAGUCAAGUGUUGCCGGUUUUAUUAGCGCUUGUAACCCCUGCUUCCCCUCGUCUGGCAUCCCGUUCCUGUGACGGAGCGUUCGGUUCUACGGGGGUCGGAAGUGUAGUGUGCGUGAAUCUGUAUGCAAGGGGGUGAAAUAGUAACAGGGGCGAUAAUAACGAUUUUUUUUAACUCGGUCGGAAAAGGUUGCACACCUUUUCCCUCUGGUCUCGUCUUUCGUCGGUGAGAUCCGCGAAUACAGCGUUGUUGUGUGACACACGGUGCGAAUUUAAUUACUGAUAAUCCUUACUGGUCGCAAUUGUUCUGUAACAGGGCCGCCGAUCGGACUGAUUUCUCUAAUCCUGUUGGAAGACUUUGCGUAGGUGUCGUGUACGAGUUCCAAUUGGACAGCUGUAAAAGCUAGUGAAGCACCAGUGCAAUAUCUAAACGGUAGCGACGGCUGCAAUGCAUUAAAAUGGCUACAAUUAUGUCACACAAUUUGCCGUUGAUUCCGUUGCCGCUGAAGGCUACAACGGCGGCGGCUUUAGCGAAGACCACCGCUGGGUUGAUGAUGUCCGGUUUGCUUGGGAAACAUCCGGGUGAAGAUGUGUACGGAAACGGAACAAUCGGAAUGCCGACGGAUCGUAGCAGCCCAGAUGUGGCUAGUAGCGAGGCACGAUCAAGCCCAGAAUCGCUGAUGAUGGUGCAGCAGAAGGGACGUGAAGAUGAUCGUAUGAGCUGCUGCAGUGAAGAUAGUGAACUUUCAGUAGGUCAGGAAGGACUGGAAGAAAGCGAUAAAACUAUGAACAGUGAUGAAAAACUUAGUGUAAUAAGUGUGAAUUCCCGAAUGGGAGCAGUGGACGUUGAAAAACUUAUCGAGAGGCAUAAUGUAGAAAUGGGUGAUGAAAUGAGUAAUGAUUCUUCGCGGUAUUCGAGUUCCAAGGAUCCGUCGGAGGAUUACAUGAAGAUUCCACUGAUGCGACCAAGCCCAACGCGAUUGCAUGAAGAGUUCCUGAGAAAUUCUCAACUGUAUGCUGAAGAGCUGAUGCGGCAACAGAUGCAGAUUGUCGCUGCUGCGAGAGGUCUCAAUUUAAGCCCAAAACCUUUGGACCCUGGCCUCGGACUGGUCACCCGAAUGCAAGACAAUCGUAGUCCCGGUAGGGUUUCGCUUACAGAUGAACAGAAAAUUGGCUUCCGGCCACAUAUACGAGGUAUCGGUGAAAUUUAUCACGAUCGCCACCGAUGGUCUGACGAACGAAGCGUUCAAUCUCCGCCAGAGACAACGUCGUUCCGAGGCAUUCAUUCACAUUUGAGCGCCAUCUCACAAAUAACUCAGAAUCUCAACAGUGACAUUAGUAAGCUAACCUCCCCCGCAAGCCUAGCCAGUAUGGCCUCUCGGGAAAAUUCACAAUCACCACCGCAACAUCCCGCUCAUCUGCUACAAAUCAACAACAACAUUGCCCUCAACGAUCAAAACCUCAAGUUCAGCAUAGACAACAUAUUGAAGGCCGAUUUCGGCCGACGGAUCACAGAUCCGCUGAAACGUAGUGGCAAAAGUUUUGCGAAAAAGCCGUCGGCUCCAGGCGAAAAGUCUACCGCGAUGGAUCUGACGGCAAUCGUUACCAAUGGCAGUGCAGGCAACAGUGCAAGUGCCAGUAGCAGUGUUGCCAGCAGAAGCCUAAGUUCAAGUGCUAGUGGAAGUGAAUUGGAAGUGCCCACGUCUCCGUCGUCUUCAAGCGGUAAGACGGCUGCGGAAACGAGCAGCAGUAGUGGAAGCGGUGGAAGCAGUUCGUCAUCAUCCGGAGGGCCAAUGGUCUGGCCAGCCUGGGUCUACUGUACCCGAUACAGCGAUCGUCCUAGUUCAGGCAGAAGUCCUCGAGCACGUAAACCAAAGAAGAGCCCCAGCGAGAAGGCGCCCGCCAGUAGCAAUGGUGGAGCAGGUGGUGGAGGAGGUGGCAGCAGUAGCAGCAGUGGCGCGUCCGGUGCCCUGGCCGACGACAAAAGACCCCGGACGGCAUUCAGUGGACCGCAGCUGGCGAGGUUGAAGCACGAGUUCGCCGAAAACCGCUACCUAACCGAGCGGCGCCGUCAACAGCUGAGCGCCGAGUUGGGCCUCAACGAGGCCCAGAUCAAAAUAUGGUUCCAGAACAAGCGAGCCAAAAUCAAGAAAUCCUCCGGCCAGAAGAACCCCCUGGCCCUGCAACUGAUGGCCCAGGGGCUGUACAAUCACUCGACAAUUCCACUCACCCGGGAAGAGGAAGAACUGCAGGAAAUGCAAGCAGCUGCCCAAGCAGCGGCCGAAUCGAGAAUCGGAUCUUCGCCGGCUAGUGGCUAGCAGCAACAGCUGUCUCGCCAAGGAAUUCGUCGAACUUUUUGUUAGUUUUAGUUUUUGGCAAUAGAUGGCAGUCGGCUGUACCGGAGUUUUUCCUAGGUUUGGGGUAAGGAGUACGAAUGGAAGCGAAAUAAAACAUCUGUGAUAUCUUAAAGUUAAUCAAAUGCAACAGCUUGCGGAAUGUACAUUUCUAGUGGAAGCAAUAUUUUAGCAUGUUACUCGAUUUUUCAGUGCGGCAAAUGUGUCCUAACGUUUAUUGUGAACUGCUUACCAAUCUCCAUCAAUCCUUGUAUAAUAAGUUGAAAGUUUUAAAAUUACCACUAUACCUUAUUAUAGCCAAUUCCAAUCAACUGAACAUGAAUGAGAAGAAGACUUUGUGUAAGAAUUUGUAUAUAAACGGUUCACCCUAUCAUCGCAAGAGUA